AUGGGAAAUAGCUCUAUUUUCCGUUCCUUUUUAAGGUCUCAAGACUGGCGUGGAAGCAGAUUUUCGGACAUGGAGAAUCGACGAAAUUCAACCAAUAGAUUACCAUACGCAACCAGACGUAUUCCAAGCAUGAGUGAUACUUUCAGUUUCAGGAGGGGGUUUAGGAUAAAAAGAUUCAUGGGUCCCUCAACUUUAAAUAAUGAGUCAGGCUCAGUUUUGGGAAGAAUCAAGGAAGAAGUUAUUGAUCCUCAGCGUCGAUUUUAUCAGCUGUGGAAUAAGAUUUUCGCAGUCUCUUUCGUGAUAGCAUUGUUCCUAGAUCCUCUUUUCUCUUACAUCCAUGUCAUUGAUAACAACAGGAAAUGUAUUGAUUUGGACAAAAAGUUGAUGAUUGUGAUCUGCGUUCUUCGUUCAUUUGUAGACUUAGUCUACAUGUUUCACAUAUUCUGGAAGUUUCACAUUGGAUAUACUAUUGCUGCAUCAUCUUCUAAACUAUACUUGGUUGCUUCCUUCAUGUUAGAUAUCUUAUCAGCACUUCCUGUCCCUCAGGUGGUAAUCUUUAUUAUAGCCCCAAGACUAAAUGUCCCUACUUCUUUGAUCACGAGGAACCAGUUGAUGAAUGCUAUGAUUGCACAGUUUGACAUAAAAUUUUUUAAGAUAUGUCUAAUGUACAUGGAAAUGAGGGAAGUAACAAGAGCUUCUAGGAUAUCCGCUGCAACUUCAUUGAUUGGCGCGGCUCUCUGUGUUUUUCUCUGCAUGCUAGCAACUAAUUUAUUUGGAGCUUGGUGGUACAUCUUGUCGAUAAAGCGUGUUAAUGAAUGCUGGCGUGCAUCUUGCGCUAAACAUCAUUGCAAUCCUAAUGCUCUGAACUGCGGAGUACCACGUGUAGGAGACUAUUCUUUUCUAAAUUCCUCUUGCCCUCUCCUUGAACCCAAUGAGAUAAAACGGCCAACGGAUUUUGAUUUUGGCAUUUUCCUUGAAGCUCUUCAAUCUAGGGUUGUAGAAAAGGAAAACUUUUGGCAGAAGUUCGUUUACUGCUAUUGGUGGGGUUUGCGGAGUUUAAGUUCCUUGGGACAAAAUCUGAAGACAAGCACUUAUUAUUUGGAGAAUUUCGUUGCCAUCGACAUUUUAACCUUUGGCUUGGUCUUGUUCGGAUUGCUUAUUUUCCACAUCCAGACAUCUGUUCAAUCUCUUGGUGCAAGAAUGAAAGAAAGACGAGCGAAAAAGAGAGACAAGAAAAAGAUAGAUCAGUGGAUGUCCGAGCUGCCUGAGAACCUAAGGCAUCGGAUUAGAAGAUAUGAAAAAUUCGAAAGGCUAGAUGCUGGACGUGUUCAAGAAGUUGCCCUGGUUAAGAAUCUUCCGAAGGAUUUGAAGAGGGAUAUAAACCGUCACCACUGUUGGGAUUUACUGGCUAAAGUGCCAAUGUUUUCCCAAAUGGACGAUCAGUUGAAGGAUGUUGUGUGUGAGCGUCUUAAACCAGUUUUCUACUCUGCGAACGACUUCAUAUAUUGCGAGGGUGAUCAGAUCGAUGAAUUGCUCCUUCUUACACAUGGCAAUCUUUUGAGCAUGACCAACCAUGGUAAAAGAAAUGGCUUUGCUGCUGAACUCGAGUUAGGUGAUCUGUGCGGGGAGGAGCUUAUUCCUUGGGCUUUGGAUCCUGCAUCAAGCUCCAGCCUUCCCAUCUCAACAAGAACAAUCAAAGCGAUGAAAAAUGUGGAAGCUUUUGCUUUAAGAGCUGAUGAUCUCCGGUUUGUAACCUCUCAGUUCAGACAACUCCACAGGGAGCAGAUUCAGCACAUCUUCAGGUUCUACUCCCACGAAUGGAGAAGAUGGGCUGCAAGCUUAAUACAGGCCGCCUGGUGCAAUCAUUGCAGGAAGGAACUUGAGAAGUCGUUGCGACGAAGAGAAGAGAGUCUUCAGGUUGGCAUGGAAGGAGGAGGACCAAAUUCAACCAGCUCUGCUUCUGCUGCUGCCACAAUUUGUGCAUCCAAGUUUUCUGCAACCGCAUUACGUGCACAACUUCAAACUCCUCCUCUGCUGCAUCAGAAGCCUCCAGAACCUGAUUAUAAUGCAGACAGUUCCAAUGUAACAGUGUAG